GUUGGGACCGAAGGGCUUCGGGAGAUCUGACCAACGGGACCCGUCUGUCUCUACCCACCAGAGCAGGAUGUAGUCAGGGGGCUUCUACAGACACUUUGCCCUUCACCUCUUCUUGGAGAUAUAAUGGGCCUGAACUGCAUCAAACCCUGGAAGUGCAGCACUUAUCAAGAUGUGAACAAAGACAUCCCCGUCAGCCCGGGCUCUUAUUACUUCAUGACCAGCGGCAGCGGACAAAAUGAGUGGAAAACCCCCCUGGAAGCUGGGCCAUGGCUGCCAUUUACAGGAGUUUUUGGCCAGAAGCUGGAAGACACGGUGAUGUACGAGAGGAGGUACGGGGAGAGGGCAGCACCCCUCAUUGUGGAGCAGUGCGUGACGUUCAUCGAGAGCAAUGGAUUACAUGAAGGGGGGCUUUUCCGUCGGCCCGGCCAGGCUGAGCUCAUCAAAGAACUCCGGGACGCCUUCGAUGCUGGAGAGAAGCCCACGUUUGACCGCAACACAGACGUCCACACGGUGGCUUCUCUUCUGAAACUUUACUUCCGGGAGCUGCCAGAGCCAGUUGUGCCGUUCUCAAAAUAUGAAGAUUUCGUGCUUUCUGCGAAACUGCUCACCUGGGAAAGGGAACAGGGUAUGGCAGAACUGAAGAGAAACCUUGAAGAUCUCCCUAAGGCCAAUCUGAACCUUCUACGGUACAUCUGCAGGUUUUUAAAUGAAGUCCACUCCUACUCCAAUGUUAAUAAAAUGGACUCUCAAAAUCUGGCGGCGGUUUUUGGAACAAACAUCUUGAGACCCAAAGGGGAGGAUCCAGAAGCAAUUACUGGAGGGGCCGCCCUCGCUCAGCAGCUGAUGGCCUUGUUGAUCUGUGAGCACAGCAGGCUGUUUCUACAGGACCCAGCUGGUGGUGUAGUAAACCUCCCUGGAGGGCAAUCCGGUGCCAAACGGAAGAAGAAGAAAGAGGAGGAGGAAGAGGAGAAAGAAGAGGAAAGCAAGAGAACUACUUCAUCCUUCCAUAGCUCCAGUUAUCAAGCCUACAGUCUGGAUGAUGGCCCCCUGCUUAUCCGCAGGUCCUACAUAAGACAACUUUCUCUGCCCCUCUUAGGCAGAAAGGGCUUUUCAAGAAACCUCACACAAGAGGACCGAUCUGCCAGUUCACAAUCCCACCUCGUUCCAGCAGAGUGCAGAUACCAGUCUAGUAUGGAGAAAGGGACGUCUGAAGGACCCUCCAAGUGGAAGGUAUGUGGGAGAGGAGCUGCCAGUGAAUCGGCGCUUCAAUGUUCUUCCUCGGCAAGGGUCAUCGAUAUGACAAACGAAGCCAUCACUGCUGCACCCGUCGCCACUGCCAAGUCAAAGCCCCAAAACAAAUGUGCUCCAGGUGUCACAAACCCUCAAGGCGGGCAGGCCCCAGAGGACAAUCAAAGUGACGACGAGCUUUCCACAAACGCACAUGAGAGCAGCCUGUCCGUCUACGACAAUCUCUGCGGGGGGACGCCGGCGUCAAAACCAGAGGACCUGACGAGCGUGGAAAGCAUUUCCUGGUCCCCGUCGUCCUGCGAGAUGCCGCCCGCCGACUCCACGCACAGCUCUCGGCGUUCCUCUAGGACGACAAGCGUCUUUGAAGAAUCGGGGGACCGAGCCAGCGGCAGACCAAAUAACGUGACCAAUAUGGAGGUGGCAGGUGACAAGAGUGGAAACUCCGGAGCCGCGUCUAACACGCACGACAGCAGCAGCGGCACCCAUCCUGCUGCCAGGUACUGCCUCUUCACUGGCCUUAAGCAGGAGCUGGUGAGACAGAAGGUGGAAUACGAGAGAAAAAUUAAAAGUCUGGAGCAGCGUAAUGAAGCUUUAGAAGCAGAGGUGACAGAACUGCAGUUGAAUUUGGAGCAGCAGAAGAAAUGGUUCAACAUCCUGGAGAUUAAGAUGAGAAAUGUGGAGCGCGCCAAAGCGGACGCGGAGAAGAGGAACACCGUGCUGCAGCAGGAGAUGGAGAACUUUUUUGACACCUUUGGGGAACUGACAGGUGACGUCAAGAAGACUGAGAGGACCCCACAACGCUUCUGAGAAUGAACUGCAUACAAGUCGGCUACAACUUUUUAUUUUUAAAUUGUGUCUUU